AUGUUUAUUUUCGGAGGGCGCAACCAAAAGAACGACUUUUUGAACGACUUGUACAUGUACGAUACGACAUCCAAAAUUUGGACAGAAAUUGUGUGUGACUCAAUGCUGCCACCACAACUUUUUAAACAUCAGACCUUUGCUGUCAACAACCAAUCGUUUUAUGUUUAUGGAGGUGAACUCAAGGACGAUAGUGAACGUUCAGAUGCGCUCUAUCGAUUUGAUAUUGGUGACAAGAAAUGGAAUUUAAUUGAAAUUAUCUCAGAGCAAGCUCUUGACGAAGAGAGCAAUAAGGCACUUCCUUGUGCUGGACAUUCAUGUUUUGUCAUACAAGGAAAAUUAUUAAGAAUUGGUGGUAUCGCUAAAAAGGGAGAUUCUUGUGUUAGAAUUUUGAACAUGGCUGAUCCAGGAAGACCUAUUCCUUUGUGCUCGUAUUUGGAGAACAAGAGAGAUGAAGGCUUUUUGUGUGAUGUUGUGUUUCGGUUGCGUGACCAUGAGCAAAACGCGCAACACGAGCAAGGAAUCGAUACCUUGAGUUAUGUGUUGGCACAUAAGGCCAUCAUUAAGGCCAGAUGCUCAUCAUUGCAUGCCAAGAUUUUACAAAGCACUGAAACAAUGAGUACUCAUCGACUAAGUGGUACCUUCCAUGAGAAUUGUGAAGAAAUCACCCUGGUAGACAUUACCGAUUGCACUACUCACAUUUUUGAACAAUAUCUCAAUUUCCUCUACACUGGUUCUAUCCAUUUGAACAAUUUGGACGAUGUUAAGGCGUUCAUGGCCUAUGUUAAGCAAACAUCGGAAACUCAUCAUUAUCCGUUCGUUUCUAGAAUUUGUUCACUGGAUGAGAGAAAGGAUCUAGGAAUGACAAAGCAAAUUCUUGCUCAACUUCACCAAGAUUUUUCGUCACUCAUUAACGAUCAUACCUAUAGUGAUCUUGUUGUCGUAUUGGAUGGAGAUCAAGGAGGAUCAACUGUGUCACAACAAGCUCACAAUCCUCCAGGGGAGGAGAUUUUCGAAGAAGAACCAUUUGAAAUUCCAGAAACUAGUUUUGAUAUUGCUCCAACCAUGGAAAAUGGCAAUAACCAUGACGAAAAUGAUACUGCUGCUGUGGAAAUCAUGUCACCUCUUCCAAAAGCCUCAUCUUCAUCAUCAAAUACUACAACCAAUGGAAUUGCGGUUCAUCGAUUGAUUAUGGCAAGAAGUCCAUUCUUUUCUCGCAUGUUUGUCACUUCUGGAAUGUUGGAAGCAAAAGAAAAAGUUGUUCACUUGAGUGAUUAUUCCACCGAAGUUAUGCUCCAAGUUUUAAAUUAUUUGUACACGGACACCAUUGUUCUCACUCCAAGAAAUUGUUUGGGAAUUUUAGUGUAUUGCAUCAUGCUUGAUUUGGUUGACAUGGCCAGUUGCUGUCGUCGAAUGGUUGUUUCACUAUUGGAUAAUUCUAUUGUUUGGUCCGUAUUUGAAAUUGCCACACUUUACAAUGACAAAUCAUUGGAGAGUGAAUGUGAACGUUACGUUCUAGCAAGAUACGAAGAUUUGUGUAAUUCCAUUGGAUUUUUACAAUUGCCCGAAAUGACUCGUAUCAAAAUCAAACAAGCUUUUGAAAAGAGAAAGAAGCAUAAAUAA